GGGGAGCCUUGGUGGGACGGGAUUAAACUCACGUGGUGGGCAGACGGAAGCAGAUGAGAAGAUGUGCGUUCGUUCGACACAGACACGAAGAUUAUUAUUACACCGACUUUUGUUCUUCUCCAAUUGUUUGUUCAUUCCAGGUUGAUAGAAGAAAGGAAAGCAGUGGCGUUGUGGCACUGAUUGUGGCGCAGAUCCGACAUGGACGGAUACCUCGAGGUGCUCACCACAGAUCCCACACAUCACCACAUCGCCUUUCAACCCCUCGGAUCCUCCUUGCCUCUGGUGCUCGAGUCCUCUGGCGCUCUGGCCCACGAUGGUCCAUGGCCCGUGGUACAUGGCCCAUGGCGCUACACGGCGCUACAUGGCGCCCUUGGGUGACAUGACUUUGUCGACGCCUCCCGCCUUCAAGCUCGUAGGAAGUUAGGAACGAUCCACACACACGAGUGGCGUUGUAACCCUAUUGUUGCUCACC